AUGUCGGCUGUCUUGAUCGCUUGGCUCGUCUUCUCACUACUUACAGGUAUCCAUUCAAGAUCUUUCACAGUUCAUGGGGAUAGUUUGCUAGAUACUCGUGAUACGAAAGUCAGCGAAUACGUUAAUACUGUCUACUUCACGAAUUGUUACUCAACAGACAGCUACGCAGAUCUACAAAAGCACUUUGACGAUGAUACUCGGGUAGGGUCUGGAAGCAACGCAUAUGGCUGUGUGGAACAGAUAUAUGGCCUUAAAAAGAAAUAUCGACAUAUGAAGGUGUUACUUUCUAUUGGGGGUUGGACCUUAUCUACAAAUUUCCCUGCUGCUGCUAGCACGGCGGCGACACGGAAGAGAUUUGCCAGUUCAGCAGUCGAUAUCAUGAAAGACUGGGGAUUUGACGGCAUUGAUGUAGAUUGGGAAUACCCUACUGGGGAUGUUCAGGCAAGCGACAUGUUAUUGCUCCUCAAAGCGGUACGGGAAGAAUUAGACGCAUAUGCUGACAAGUCCGCAUCGGGUCAUCAUUUUGAGCUGUCCAUUGCCGCUCCAGCCGGCCCGGAGCACUAUAGUGUUUUGCGACUUGCCGAUAUCGGUAACGUAGUUGACCAUAUAAACCUUAUGGGUUAUGACUACGCUGGAGGUUUCAGUAAUGCUGCUGGGCAUGCCGCUAAUCUGUAUGUCAACGACGGGAUUCCGGCGGCGGGAGUCCCGGCUAAUAAAAUCGUACUUGGUAUGCCAUUAUACGGUAGAUCUUUCCAAAAUACGGUCGGCCUAGGUGGAACUUUUAAUGGCGUCGGUCAGGGUAGGUGGAUGUACUGCGAUAACAAAGCUCAAGGGUGCUAUAGCUAUGAUUCCAGCACAAGAGAGCUCAUAUCUUUCGACACUCCAGAGUCUGGGCUUGGAGGCACGUGCUCCCUCAUCGGCACCAGUAACGACGCGCUCCAGUCCCUCAAUAAGUCUGAGAAUUGGCUGGACUAUCCAGCCUCCAGAUAUCACAACAUUGCGUCUGGACUGAGGGAUAAUUCUCACUUGAGCAAUAUAUGA